AUCCUACACAACAAAUGCCACAACAACCACAAUAUAUGAACCCACAGGAUCCUACACAACAAAUGCCACAACAUCAUCAAUAUAUGAACCCACAGGAUCCUACACAACAAAUGCCACAACAUCAUCAAUACAUGAAUCCACAGGAACAAAUGCCACAACAACCACAAUAUAUUAACUCACAAAAUCCUCCACAACAAAUGCCGCAACACAUGCCACAACAACCACAAUAUAAUCACAAUAUAUAA